UCGAUUCGCAAAUACUUCCUUUCAACUUUUAGAUACUUAUAAAUUACUCAGAAAAUUACUUUUGUAUAUAUUGUAUAUUAUAUUGAACACAGAAAAUCACAUAAUGAGUGUCGCCAGUGUUUACAAUUAUUUUAUGAUUGACUUAGCAGAUCCGAUCACACGUGAAUGGGCGUUAAUAGAAACGCCUUUUACAAUAAUAUUUAUAACUUCUGCUUAUUUGUAUUUUAUAUUUUACGCCGGACCAAGUUACAUGAAGAAUCGACAAGCAUUUAACUUAAGAACCUUUAUGUUAUUUUAUGACGUAUUUCAAAUUCUUGCUAAUGCAUGGCUGGUACACGGUCACAUAUCUGCCGGCUGGUUUACUGAAUAUACCAUAAAAUGUAAUAAUAAUAAUGGUGAUCCGACGAGUAAAACUGGUUUUAAGCUAAUAACUAUUUCAUGGUGGAUACUAAUAUUAAAACUAAUUGAUUAUAUCGAAACGUGUAUAUUUGUUUUACGGAAAAAACAGAACCAGGUUUCUACUUUGCAUGUGUAUCAUCAUGUGUCUAAUGUCUUUUUCGUAUGGUAUUUCGUCAAAUACAUAGUGGAACCCAGAAUAACAUUAGUGUCUUUAAUGAAUUGUUUUAUACAUAUUAUCAUGUAUACAUAUUACUUCAUUGCAGCGUGGAGCAUAACCGUGCAACAAAAAAUAUCUGUUUUUAAACCUUAUAUUACGAAGACACAAAUGAUGCAGUUUGUUGCGAUGAUAUGCUAUGGACUACAGGCUUUUCUAGAUCCAGAAUGCAAAGGAUCAAAACGAACAAAACAGCUUGUAUUCAUAUUUCUUUUGAACUUGUUACUAUUUCUAUACUUAUUUUAUGACUUUUAUAAAAAGACAUAUAACAAAAAACAGAAACAAAAAACUGCAAAACGCGAAGAAUAACAUUUAUGUAACAAACAGGGUUGAGAAGUAACACGUUACUUGUAACGUUGUUACCGUUACAGUCACUAAACAAAUUCUUACAUCUUUGUAAAUGUACGCUGAAACUAGUGGCUAUGAGAGUUGUAAGAAAAAUGUAAUAAAAUAUGAGAUAGCCGCUUCUUUUUAUUUUUAAAUCACAUCA